AUGUCUGACUCAGCUGGAGGAGGUGAAAGCGGAGGUGUUGCAGGUGCAGGGCAGGACUCAGAAGCUGAUAAUGAGCCCCCUCAACAGGCCCCACCUUUACUACCUGAGGGUGACAGCUUAGAAGUACGGGAGACAUCAGAGGACGGGGACCCACCAUCUGCCAAGCGGUCCAGGAUGAGUGAGGAGGAACAGGGGCUGGGGCAGGUUAAGGUGCAUGAAGAAAUACCAGCACAGGCUGACUUGCUGCCAGAAGACCCAGCCCCACCAGAGCAAAGAACGGGAGAACUACUGCAGUGUAUGGAGGAAAGUCGUAGAGGGGAAGAGGUCACAGCCACUGGGGAAGGUGACGAAAAAUGUCAUCAGAAUGGAGCUCAAGGACAUGAUGGCUCCUUAGAAGGAGAGACGAAACCAGAGGAGGAGCACAACGGUAACGGAUCUGCAGACAGCCCCAGUGACGGACAACAGCUUGGAUUAGACUUUAGCCAGAACCCUCAGAUGCUGACUGGUGCCUGGACUGAGUACUCCAACUUUCCAGAGAAUUACCUUAAAGGCUGCAAAUGGGCCCCUGAUGGUUCUUGUAUCCUGACCAACAGCGCAGACAAUGUGCUCCGUGUGUACAACCUCCCUCCAGAGAUUUACAGCUACAACUGGGACUUGCUUCCUGAGAUGAGUCCAGUGCUGAGGAUGGCUGAAGGAGACACCAUCUACGACUACUGCUGGUACCCCAAGAUGAACUCGUUGGAGCCAGACACAUGCUUUCUGGCCAGCAGUAGCCGUGACAACCCAGUCCAUGUGUGGGAUGCGUUUUAUGGCGAGGUGCGAGCCAGUUUCCGACCCUACAAUCACCUGGAUGAGCUGACAGCAGCUCAUUCCCUCUGCUUCUCGCCAGAUGGAGCUCAGCUCUACUGCGGCUUUGACAAAACAGUCAGGGUUUUCUACACAGAGCGUCCUGGCAGAGACUGUGAAGAGCGGCCAACUGUAGUGAAAAAGCAAGGCCAGAGUGGCAUCAUCUCCUGCUUUGGCUUCAGCCCCUGCCAGUCUGUUUACGCCUGUGGCUCUUACUCCCGCUGUGCUGGCCUCUACUCCUGCCAAGACGGCACCCUGCUGGCUCUGCUGCCGACCCGCCACCACGGAGGCCUCACCCAUCUGCUCUUCUCCCCUGAUGGCAACUACCUGUACACCGGCGGGCGCAAGGAUCCUGAAAUCCUGUGCUGGGACCUAAGAGAGCCUGGAAAAGUUGUGUUUUCUCUUAAGAGGAAUGUGGCCACUAAUCAGCGCAUCUACUUUGACCUAGACCAGUCCGGCAGGUACCUACUGAGUGGAGACACAGAGGGAGUGGUGUCAGUAUGGGACACCCACACAGCUCCUCCUGAUGGGAACGAAGAACUGCUGCAACCUCAGCUCAGGUUCCAGGCGUACUGGGACUGUACCAACGGCAUCAGUAUCCAUCCCUUCAUGCCACUGCUGGCGACAUCCAGCGGCCAGCGGCAGUUCCCGUGGCCGGGCGACAGCGAGGGCGACUCGGCCUCCGACACCGAGGGAGGCGGUGCGGUGAUGUCGCAGCAGGAGGUCCGGCAAGACAACGCCCUGACGCUGUGGUGGGCCGGACCUCUCGGCCCUGCCGCCGAGGAGAACCGAGACCACAACACGGCGGCGGCGGAGGAAACCUGAAGCUCUGUUAGUUCAGCCAGUCGACACAAAUUGAGUUACACUUGCCAUGUGAUAUUUCUUUGUGGAAUGUUUGGUGUGCGUACAGCUAAUUAUGGGUCAGUCAUAUUCUUCUUUCCGCCAGCAGAAACAGGAAGGUAGAAAAGCAUCACUGGAUUGGUUUACAUUCUACACAUUUACAGUCCAAAUAUAUUUAGACUAGAUUCAAUUAAGUCUUAACAUAUCACCUGCAAGUUUACAGUCUGCACAGACACCGUACUCUCACUUUCUGACUUAAAGGAUUAAGAAGUGUUUCACAUUGAGACAGUACAAAACAGACCUUCAGCGGUCUGUGUCGGAAGACUAGACGUGGUUUUAAUGCCAAUUUGGUGAAAAGGAAUUGCCAAGGUUAUGGUUUAAAGCAAGGAGGUUUUUUUCAAAACCUUUCUCAGGCUGAGAUAAGAGGUGAGUUAUGUAAAGAGUGGAUACAGAGCCAAAUUUCCUUUUUGUUUACCUUUCUUAUUUAAUAGGGAGUCUCCAUCCUGAAAUGGAUCAGUUUAGUUGAAGUGAAAGCCUCGUUGUGAAGCGGCUCAGCAUCUCCAGUCUGAGUGGUGUCUGUGGGAGUGUUUGUGUUCGUGGCUGUAAUGCUGCCCCUGAGAUUCCUCACUGCUCUAGUUACAGUAAGUGCCAUUUGUUCUGAAGCUUUGCUUUUGUAAACCGAGGGGAUCUCCUGUUUUUACCUUGUUUUUUAAAGUACCAGAUGCACCGAGUCGUGUCGCUCUGUGCAUGCCCACAAAUGUAUAUUUUUGUAAAGCCGUGAGGACGAUUCUAAUUUUCGAAUGUAUACUCUAUAAGCAGCUCGCUCGAUUACUGUAACUUCAUAACAAUCUGUGAACGUCUUUAGUUAGUGGGGUGCAAAUGGAGUGUCUUAUUUUUUUCUACGGAUUGUGGUCAGAUUACAUUUGUACCCAUGUGAGUGGUGACACCGCAGCACAAAACGUGUUUGAAUAGUUAAUACCGCAGUGAUUUGUUCAGCGCUUAUGUUGCCAUCAGUGGGGUGUGCUUUGCUGUUAGAGUCUCUUUGCAGGUUGGUCAGAAGCUCAGCACGCUCCAGACAAAGCCUUGUAUCCUUAGACACAAAAAAAUCAAUGAAUUUUUGAAGCCUCUGCUCAUUCACUUGUUGGAGCUCAAAUUCUUUGCCAAGCAAUAGCAGCUAUGAGUUUUGUAGCUAAUGUUGCACCAAACUAAUUUUCGCGCCACCAGGAAACAUUAGGAACCGCACCGGCCUUGAAGAUGUCAAAUCAGUCUCUAGAUAGACAGCUCUGUCUGCAACAGGUGGUUUUCUGGUGAUUUGAUUCAAGCUGGAGUGCAUUAAAAGCGUAUCUCAACAUA